UUCCUGAUGUCGCCGUCAGGUACUCUUCACGAGCUCGGCCAUAACUGGCUAGGCGAGGUUGAUAUUUCUGUUCAGACUGUUUUGUUGGGUGGUGGGGUUGUUGUUGUUGUCUUAAGGUUCUGGUCGAGAAGGUUGCUGGGUGUUUCUUGGCAGUGGAAUGACUGGUUGAUUUUGCUUUCUCUGAUGGUUAUGGUGGGCCGGUAUAUAGUUGAGCUCAUGCUGAUCUUGAUGUGCGGGUUGGGCUUGCAUACUGCUGAGGUGACUCGAGUUGGCGGAUCUGAGGCUCUUAUUCUCUUUGAAAAGCUCACAUACAUUGGUGAUCUCCUAUGGAUCACCGCGGUGGCUCUGAUUCAGCUGUCCAUCUUGCACUAUUACCUCCGCCAUUUUCAUCAUCAAGUCGUGGAGUGGUUGACAUAUGCUACUAUGGCCCUCUGCUCGGCCCUCUGGGCUGGAAGUUUAUUCGCAACCGCAUUCUUCUGCACACCAGCCAAGAAGAUAUGGUUAUUCGAUCUAAACGGACACUGUGGUGAUCGCAAGUUGUUGCAAUUGGGCUCUACAGUGAGCGAAACCAUUCUCGAGGCAUUUAUUCUCUGCCUACCCAUUCCAAUACUCUUACACAUGCAACUCUCAAAAGCCAGGAAGAUAGCUUUGGGAGCCGUGUAUAUUCUUGGUAUCAUAAUCAUCACAGCCACCAUAAUUCGCAUGAAAAUCGACCUCAACCCAGAUGACGAGACCUUUGGCUCCGCCCGAAAAUCUCUUAUGUCCUGCAUCAUACCUCUGCUGGGCAUCAUCGUCGCCUGCCUACCAAUCAUCCCGCCAUCUAUCCAACGAAUAUUUGGAAUCACUAUGUUCUCAUCCCCAUCUGACGGUGUGACCUACGGAUACAGGUCAUCUGGCUACUACAAAUCGACUGUUGUAUUAGGUACUCAUAUGGAGGACCCUGAAUUUCCCCUUGUCUCUGUAAGGCAGCCUCCCAUGGCAAAGAAAUUGUCGGAAUGGUGCCAUGGUCAGAUUAAGAUUACGUCCGACUGGGAAAUUCAUUCCACACGGAACUCUGCGAGGAUGGACAAGGAUUCCAUACGAAGGGCAUGA